CUUUCUCGUCUUUGUUGGAUACCAUUGUCAACGCGGGUAAGGUAAAUCCGUCUUUCAUCCUUCAAAGCAAUCGAGAUUGCUUCCCCUCCCUCCUCUUGAUUCAUUCUUCAAGCACUGUGUGUGUCGUUGUUGAUCUUAUGCAGUUUUAAAUACAGUUACGCUAAUUUGAGUUUGAGUAUUGAGAAAAAAUGGAUAAUUAUGGUUAUCAACAACACUCUUAUUACCCAGGAGCUCCUCCUCCAACUUCAGAUCCAUACCCUCCUCCUCCUACCCAAGCUUAUCCUCCACCGCCACUUCAUCACCACCAGUAUGGUUCCAUGUCUCAUUCCGGUCCUUUAGAUUACGCCCAUCCUCCUCCUCCUCAACCAUUUCACCACCAACAGUAUGGGUCAAUGUCUCCUUCUGAUUAUACCCACUACCGUCCACCACCACAUUAUUCCUAUGAUCCCCAACACCAACCCCAACCUCCUCAUCCUCAUGCUUACCCUUAUCCUCCUCCUCCUCAACAACAACCUACACCCCAUAAUUCCUUUUCCUCCUAUGGUUCCUAUCAUGAGCCACCACCCCCUCCUCCACCUCAUCAUGAUAAUUUCGGAUCACAUGUUUACCCUCCUCCUCCUCCUCUUCAUGACCUUAUGGGUGGUCUCAGUGUUUCUUCUCAUCAUCCCCCACCAUCCCCCGGCUCCUACCAUGCUUACCACUCCUCCUUUUCAACCCAUUCUCAUUUAUCUCACUCCGGUAGGCUUGAUUCCCCACUCCCACAUAGUCCCAGCUUACAGAUUGUUCCCUCUGGUAAACCCUCCUUGAAAGUCCUCUUGCUGCACGGUAAUCUCGACAUCUGGAUUUCCCGCGCAAACAACCUCCCCAACAUGGACUUGUUCCACAACACUCUGGGCGCCGUCUUUGGCAGCAUAAGCAACAUGAUCGAAGGCCAGUUGAGCAAGAAAAUCACCAGCGACCCUUACGUUUCCAUCUCACUCGCCGGUGCUGUCGUUGGAAGAACCUACGUCAUGAGCAACAGCGAGAACCCUGUCUGGGAUCAGCACUUUUACGUCCCUGUUGCCCAUCACGCCGCCGAGGUCCAUUUCGUUGUCAAGGACAGUGAUGUAGUUGGUUCUCAGCUUAUAGGACUCGUUACCAUCCCUGUCGAGCAGAUACACUCUGGUGCUAGAAUUGAAGGAACUUACUCCAUUCUCAGCAGCAAUGGGAAGCCUUGUAAACCUGGGGCCACUCUGACGCUGUCUAUUCAAUAUACCUCAACGGAUAAACUCAGUGUUUACCACAGCGGAGUUGGUGGGGGUCAGGGUGUCCCUGGAACAUAUUUUCCUCUCAGGGAAGGUGGGAGCGUGACGCUGUAUCAAGAUGCGCACGUGCCUGAAGGGAUGCUCCCGAGGAUAAGACUCGGGAAUGGGAUGUAUUACGAUAAUGGCAAGUGUUGGCAUGAUAUGUUUCAUGCCAUUUGUCAGGCUAGGCGUUUGAUUUACAUCACGGGUUGGUCUGUGUGGCAUAAUGUCAGGCUUGCUCGGGAUAAAGGAAAUCCUGCUUCGGAAUGUACACUUGGUGAGCUCCUUAAAUCAAGGUCCCGAGAAGGUGUAAGAGUCUUGCUUCUUGUUUGGGACGACCCUACUUCACGAGACAUCUUGGGAUAUAAGACUGAUGGGGUGAUGGGAACCCAUGACGAGGAGACGCGCCGUUUCUUCAAGCACUCCUCAGUUCAAAUCUUGCUAUGCCCUCGAAAUGCUGGGAAGCGACAUAGUUGGGUCAAACAAACGGAAGUUGGAACCAUCUAUACACACCACCAAAAAACCUUGAUAGUAGAUGCUGAUGCUGGCGGUAACAGGAGGAAAAUCGUAGCUUUUGUAGGCGGACUUGAUCUCUGUGAUGGUCGAUAUGAUACACCUCAACAUCCCUUGUUUAGGACGCUGCAAACAGAUCAUAAAGGUGACUACCACAACCCCACUUUCACGGGUAACCUCUCCGGUUGUCCAAGAGAACCUUGGCAUGAUUUGCACAGCAAGAUUGAUGGCCCAGCUGCGUACGAUGUCCUGACCAAUUUUGAGGAGAGGUGGUUAAAGGCUGCGAAGCCUCACCGAAUCAAUAAGUUGAAGACAUCAUAUGAUGAUGCAUUGCUCAGGAUUGAAAGGAUUCCAGAUAUAUUAGGAGUCUUUGAUGCUCCUACUGUUAGCGCAAACGACCCUGAGGCUUGGCAUGUUCAGAUCUUCCGUUCCAUCGAUUCAAACUCUGUCAAAGGUUUCCCAAAGGAUCCAAAAUAUGCUACAAGCAAGAAUUUGAUGUGCGGUAAGAACGUUCUCAUCGACAUGAGUAUACACACCGCAUAUGUAAAGGCCAUUCGUGCAGCUCAACACUUCAUCUACAUUGAGAACCAGUAUUUCAUUGGAUCCGCCUACAACUGGAAUGCUCACAAGGAUAUAGGUGCCAAUAACCUGAUUCCUAUGGAAAUUGCUUUGAAGAUUGCUGAUAAGAUCAGGGCAAAUGAAAGGUUUGCUGCCUAUAUUGUCAUUCCAAUGUGGCCGGAGGGAGUUCCUACCGGUGCUGCUACACAGAGGAUUCUAUAUUGGCAGCACAAGACGAUGCAAAUGAUGUAUGGGACCAUCUAUAAUGCGUUAGUGGAGGCCGGGCUUGAUGAUAAAUUCUCCCCACAAGACUAUCUGAAUUUUUUCUGUCUUGGAAACCGAGAGAUGGUGGACGGAAAUAGUGAAAGAAGUCAAAGCAACGAGAACACUCCUCAGGCAUCAUGUCGAAAGAGCAGAAGAUUUAUGAUAUAUGUGCAUUCAAAAGGGAUGGUUGUUGAUGACGAGUAUGUGGUAAUUGGAUCUGCAAACAUAAACCAAAGAUCAAUGGAAGGCUCGAGAGACACGGAGAUUGCAAUGGGAGCUUAUCAGCCUCAACAUACGUGGGCAAGAAGACAGUCUGGUCCUCGCGGCCAGAUAUACGGGUAUAGAAUGUCGCUAUGGGCAGAACACAUGGCUACGUUAGAUGAUAGCUUUGAGGAGCCAGAGAGCCUAGAGUGUGUAAGCAAGGUGAGAAGAAUGGGGGAGGAGAACUGGGAACAGUUUAGGGCAGAGCAAGUGUCGGAGAUGAAGGGACAUCUGUUGAAGUAUCCGGUGGAAGUUGAUCGGAAAGGCAAAGUACGGCCACUACCCGGGAGCGAGGAGUUCCCUGACGUUGGGGGAAAUAUUGUCGGAUCCUUCCUUGCCAUACAGGAGAAUCUUACAAUCUGAUUGAAACCAUUGAUGAUUGUUAUUGACUUGCACAUUCUUUUAUUGGGGGUGUAAAAUUAAACAUUAUAUAAACAAAAAUUGAUUGGACAUUUGUUUGUGUAGAUUGAUUCAUACAUAAUAAAGGACAUUUGC